UAGCGGCAAUAGCGCCCGAUUUAAGUGACUGAGUUGACCCGAGUUAAGUUUGAAGACGUUGGUUUGGCCGUAUCGGUUGCUGUUGCAAUAAUGUCUUCAGUUCAGCAUCUGAGAGAUUUUAUCAAGGAGAGGUUAACUACUGCUGCAGAACAAAUCUUCUCGGAGUUUGAAAAAACGAUCGUCCGGUAUGAGGAGGAGAUCCGUCAGCUAAGACUGCUGAAUAUCAGACCCGGGAUAAAGUCACACAAUACAGGUCUGGAUGAUCAGCAGGUCUGUGACCAGGAAAGGAGCUCCAGUCUCAACCAGGAGGACCCAGAGCCUCCACAGACUAAAGAGGAACGGGAGGAAACCUGCAGCAGUGAGGAAGGAGAGCAGCUUGAAUUGAAGCAGGAGGAUGAAGGCAUUCAUGUCUGGACCGGAGAACAGCUGGAUUUCUUGUGUAAACCUGGAUUACGGCUGACCAAAAUAGACCUCCCACAGCAACAUGAUUGUAAGGAAAAUGAGGAUCUGGAUGACCCGCAGGUCUGUAGCCAGGAGAGGAACUCCAGUCUGGACCAGCAAGACAAAGAUCCUCCACAGAUUAAAGAGGAACAAGAGGAAAUCUCCAUCAAUCAGGAAGAAGAGCAGCUUGCACUGAAGCAGGAAACCAAAAGCGGCAUCGUCUGGACCGGGCAGCAGCUGGGCAUCAUGUGGAACUCUGAAGUAAAGUUGCAUAGAAUAGAUUUUCCACAACAUGACUGUAAGGACGAGGAUGGGCUCACAAAUCAGCAGGUCUGUAACCAGGAGAAGAACUCCAGUCUACACCAGAAGGAUCCUUCACAGAUUAAAGAGGAACAGGAGGAACUCCGUACCACUCAAGAGGAAAAACCGCUUGUUCUAAAGCAGGAGACUGCAACUUUUCCUGCUCGUGAAGCAAGUAACCACAGUGAACCAGAACCAAGCAGUGACCAGCUCCUUUCUCACAACUCUCCUGUCACAGAUCAGGAUGAAAUCAAGGAUGGUAACUCACACAGAAAUGAGUCGGAGCAAGUCGUAUCAGGCCUGACAGUUCAAAAUUGCAAGACCGCACAUUUAUGUAGCACCUGUGGGAAAAGAUUUACUCGGAGGGGUCAGUUGAAGAGUCACAUGCGAAUUCACACAGGUGAGAAGCCACAUUUAUGUAGCACCUGUGGCAAAAGAUUUACUCAGAGGGGUCAGUUGAAGAGUCACAUGCGAAUUCACACAGGUGAGAAGCCACAUUCUUGUAGCGCCUGUGGGAAAAGAUUUACUCAGAAGAGUCAGUUGAAGAGUCACAUGCGAAUUCACACAGGUGAGAAGCCACAUUUAUGUAGCACCUGUGGCAAAAGAUUUACUCAGGGGGGUCAGUUGAAGAGUCACAUGCGAAUUCACACAGGUGAGAAGCCACAUUCUUGUAGCGCCUGUGGGAAAAGAUUUACUCAGAAGAGUCAGUUGAAGAGUCACAUGCAAAUUCACACAGGUGAGAAGCCACAUUCUUGUAGCACCUGUGGGAAAAGAUUUACUCAGAAGAGUCAGUUGAAGAGUCACAUGCGAAUUCACACAGGUGAGAAGCCACAUUCUUGUAGCACCUGUGGGAAAAGGUUUAGUUUGAAACAAAUUUUGAAUAGGCACAUGCGAAUUCACACAGGUGAGAAGCCACAUUCUUGUAGCACCUGUGGCAAAAGAUUCACUCAGAAGGGUCACUUGAAGAGUCACAUGCGAAUUCACGCAGGUGAGAAGCCACAUUCUUGUAGCACCUGUGGGAAAAGAUUUAGUAUGAAACAUAUUUUGAAUAGGCACAUGCGAAUUCACACAGGUGAGAAGCCACAUUGCUGUAGUACUUGUGGGAAAAGAUUUCAUGUAAAAUCAAAUUUGAAAACACACAUGCAAAUUCACACAGGUGAGAAGCCACAUUCUUGUAGCACCUGUGGGAAAAGAUUUAGUUUGAAACAAAUUUUGAAUAGGCACAUGCGAAUUCACACAGGUGAGAAGCCACAUUCUUGUCGCACCUGUGGGAAACAGUUUAGUCUCAAACAAAUUUUAAAUAUGCACAUGCGAAUUCACACAGGUGAGAAACACAUUGUUGCAGCACCUGUGUGAAACAUUUUAGUUCUCCAGUACAGUUGAAAAUGCAAUUAGGAAAACAUGCUACAUGCUAAGUUUCAUUCUUAGAAAAUGGUGAUGGUAGGACACAUAAACAGUGUUUGGAUCAUUGAAAACUGAAAAUUUCAAAAGGCUUUCAGAAGCUCAGUUUGUGUUUUGACACAUGGACAAGACAAACAGUUUGUCUUACAGCAUAAAAUGUGUGCACCUUUAUCACCUUUUUCUGACGUCAUUGUUUUAUAGUUUAUAGGCUUUGUCUUUGCUGAAGUUUCUUCAUUUUCUUUGGCAUGGCCUCGACAGUGCUUGAGAUAUUUUUAGUGUCAUGAUGUAAAAAGAACUAUUUCUCCAAAACACACUCGAUAAUAUCUGUUGAAAAAACAACUACACGUGUGAGGUAGCCUUUAUUGAAAUCAUUUUUUUUUUUUUUUUUUUUUGUCUGAAGUUCACAGUUUGAAGGUGUUUAAAGCAGAAGACAGUUGACUAACUUUGCACUGUUUGCUAACUUUUGCUAACUACACUGCCAGAACUCCUGUUGGGAUUUUUUUUUUUUUUUUUUUUUUUAAAUGAAAUUUAUACACUGGAUUGACAUUAAUGGGAAGUGCUUUGUAGAUGGAAUGGGAAUAUUUUAGGGAAUGACAAUGUUGACAAGUUGAUCCAUGUUCUCGUAUUGUUUGUGACCCAGAUUUUUAGGUCAUUUAUUAUUUAUAUUUAUAACAUAACUUACACUACUUUUAUGUGAACACCUGGUGAUACCCAGCUGUUGUUUUGAGAUAUAAUAAUAUGGACUAAUGUGUAAUUUUAACAGUGUUGUGUUCCAUUUUGACAGGAAAUGAAUCCAGUUUAAGAUUGUAGAUUAUUCAUUUUAAAGAUAAAAUAUGGAUAAUUAUAUAAUAAAGGAGGAGGAGCUGGUGACUCAUCUCCCAUAAAGGAGCUCAGAAGUGCCCCGGGAGUCUUCAUCUUUAUUUAUCUUUGUUGGCUUUUGGCCUCCAUGUGCUUAUGGCGAACACCCUAGAGAGCUUUGCUUUCUUUUAAGUUGUUUUUAAUCUUGUAUGUUCAAUAAAACUGUUG